AUGGCGACGGUUAGGCGAAUCAUACCUCACACUGAACGGGGAAAGGCGACCCGACAUAAUUACGUGAAUAUGUGCGCGGAGGCGGGGACGCUGGAGACAGGGAGCGACGACGAGUUCAUGCCAACCGUGCUCUACGGUGGGCUGCAGUCACCAGGAAACGCGGUAACGCCAGGGGGGUCGACCCUACCGAACGAUGGGGCCGAUGCGGAGGAGGAUGAUGAGCCAAUCCCUGCUCAUAUAUUGAACAAAGACUGGAGCUGGCUGGAGUUCGGCGACGAUGGCAGCGAAGACGGGGCUUCGGUGGAUGUGGAAGAGGUGCCGCAGAAGGUCAAGGCUAAAACGCCACCUCGAAGCAGUGACCCUGUACCUUUGGCGGCGGAGCCACCAAGGCACAAGGUCCCGGCAAACCAUACGCCGGCUCGCCGCGAAGAGGCAGCUCCUGCUCGGGGGUCGGGCGUGGCCGGAUCUGCCGGCGGUGAAACCCCUGAGGGCGCGCGGGUGGAUAGCGGGUCGAACAACGAUGCAAGCCGUAUUGCGACACUGGAGGCGGAGCUGCGGGCAUUGAUGGGGAAAGUAGCCCAGCUCAGCGGGCAAGUCGUUAAGAGGCAAGAGGAGCCGGAGGGUCAAACGGGGCAAAAUGUGGAAAAACCCGCUGUGGCCGUUGUCGAGAGUCAGCCGCCCGUUCCGGCCGUCACCAAGCCAGCCGCAACACCCUCCCGGAAACCCCAGGUGGCCGCUACCGUCAGGGCAGACUGUGAAAGCCCUGACAACCCCGCGUCCAAGGGCACUUCAGGUGUGCGGAAGGAUAGGCAGCGGCUUUCCGACAUGAAGGAUGCACCCCACUUACCGUCGAAUCCGUUGAUGUAUGAUCCGCUCCUUGAAUCCCCAAUCACGCAACCGGAAAGCCGUGAGGAUGAUGGUGACCGUCCCAGCACACUGGAUGCGCGGCCCCUGAAGCGUAUGCUAUUCUCAAACCCCCUGGAGUCUCUUCUCCGUACCGAGCUCCCACCCAGGCAGGAUGACUUGGGGAGCGGUGGGAGCCAUGGAAUGGGGAGGACCGAUGAACCUAUCCUCGACAGGCAGGGCAAUACCCAUGGCAGAAACAUGUCCUCUCAGCAUUACGAGGAGGGGCCUUGGCGUUUUGGCGGGAAGCGGGGCAGGGGCGACGAAAGCAUUAUCAUUGUGGUUGACUACGACCCGGAAGAGCGGGUCCCCGGUCUACCGCGCUCAAUGCCUAAACCCAAGCCAUUCAGGGCAUACGCCAAGCAUGCAAUGGAGUUACAGCUUCGUCACACCACGGCAUGGGCGGUCACCUACUUCCCAAAGAACAGCAUUAGGAACGAGGCCCUUCUACUUGCUCUGCGGAGGCACUAUGACAUGGUGGCAAUCGACAUAAAGGUGGACUUUGGCCUCCAGAACAUGCGGGACAACACAGUGCACCUGAGUGGCAGCCCAUUGGAGAUGGAGAGGUGCAUGGAAACGGCCACUGAGCUGGUGUGGGAGGUGGUGCAGAUGUGGUUGCGGCUGGCUAGGGGGCAGUGGUACGACCCCCGGGUUAGGGCGUACCGUUGGGGGGAUAAGGGGCUGUACAUUAACGAGAGCGGGCUUGAAGAGUUUAGGCCGGAGUGCUUUGCUGGAACCCGUGCUGCCGAUAGCGGGGAUGCAAGCCCGUGGAUUAUUCGCCGCUAG